CUCCCCACCACGGAUUCCACUCAACCCGCAAUUGACCACAUCACGGACUGGGAUUGUCCAGGAACACUGACUCAGUCAACGGCGGGUACGUACCUCUUAUAUCAUAUCGACGGCGACGACGAGCACAACAACAACAACAUUCAACAAAAUCACGACCAUGUCCCAAGCAUUCCGUUUCUCGGCCGGCCCAGCAAAGAUCCGGACCCUCUACAUCCGUGUCAAGCCAGCACCAACCAAUCUGGCGGAGCGACGCGCUGUCCUCCGCGCCCUGAGCCAACAUGGCAACAUUGACAUGUUCAAACAACUCUACGACUCCUCCUCCUUUAUCUCCGUAGCAUCAUCCCAGAACGUAGCUGCCAGCAUCGUUCGAAGAAGUCCUCUUCAGUUCGAUGUUCUCGCUCGAAACUCGUUCGACCCUCGUGUCCCCGACUCCAUCCGACUACCACCACCCAUCGAUACAUCGACAGCCGUUUCACUACCUAGCGUCGCUGCCACUGGUACUAUCACGAAUUCGAACUCUAAGCCCGGGAAAACAGAGCUCAAUCCACAACAGCUGCCACAAUCCCCGUCCUCAUCCAAACUUCCAACUCUGCCCGAGCGAGACCCGACCGCCCUCGUAACCAAGACCUUUGUCCUUGAAGUCUUCCCCGCGCCCGAAUACCCGCACAAGGAACACAUCCGCAUGUCCCCUCUGUACGGGCCCUGGCCACGCGACGAUUCCGAUCCAUCUUCCUACGACACCCCCAAGUCACCAAAAAGGCUGACCCUCACCUCCGCCGCCCUGCGCGCUUCGGUGCCUCAAGACAUGGCCUACACCGGUCUGCACGACUGGGAAUCGGCAGGCCAAGAUGCCAUGGACGUCGAGGAGGCCGCAGCUAUUGAGGAGGGGAUCUCGGCGGACUCGGCGACGAUGGUGAGGACAUGGAGAGCGUUUUGGAGGGAAAGGGUAGACAAAGGGGAUAAAUUGCAGUAUAAAACUGGGACACAAGGUGAUAUGGGCAGCGCGUAUAGCCAUAUCAUGAAGAGGAAGAUGAAGCAAGAGAACAAAAAGAAUCUUCAGAAAAUGCUGUCUAUAUAGGUCACGACAACGAAACAAAACCCGGCCAAGGACAAGCUCGAAGACACAAGAUGGGGAUGGAAAAGGGAACACGAGUGAGUGACAAAGCGACCUAGUCUAUGGGUCAAGGGCAAAUCGCCGGAAGAAGACGACAAAAUGCUGCUGGGAGUCUUGUUCCAGCACCGGGAACACGCCCAUCCCAACACAAACUCCAGUCAAGUUCAGGAUCGGGUGGACAUGCCAUUCAUACCGUUACAAGAUUUACGUGACAAGGGCUGUAAUGAUGAAAAACUUCAUUCUUGGACUUUUCCAUGCGCUCAAUGGAUGAUAAACUCUCGCCUCCUCAACCUCCUCUCCUCUUCCCUUUUCUCACAUAAUACCCUUCUCCGACGCUUAAACAGCAGCCCACCAAUGACAACCCCACGACCAAUGGGGUACCGAUUGCGAAACCAAGGCCAAAGGCAAGCCGUUUAUCAACCCCCGAGCGAUGUUCAUUACCGGGUUUAUCAAAGGGAGUUGGUUGCUCCACGGAUGACUCUCAGUCAGCACUAUUCUCCCUUCGAUAUGGCGCUGAUCGAAGAACAAGAAAACAUACCUCCUCUCCUGGAAAACUGGAAGGCUUGCUCCCCUCCGUCCCAUCAGCAUACGGCGGCUGACCAAGUGUGAAGAACGGAGACUUCGCCAGGGGCGUCCCAUCCGCAGACCCGUGGAGUUCAACCUGGAAAAGUCCCUGGGGUGACCAGCGAAGGGGUGAUGGGAUUCCAGUCCAUUCAAAUGCGUUAUUCGAGGAGGAAUUGAUUUCCGUCGUGAUAUUCAUCCUAUAUACCGUCACCGUCCCAGUGUCCCCACUGCCAACAUCAGUCUCGAUAUUCUCGAUGAGCUGUGCGGUGAUGAACAGUGGGUAGGACUCGGGCGGUACGAGAGCGGUGGUAGUGUCCCAGGUUAAUCGGACGGCUGAGCCGUAGCUGAGACUUGUGAAGGAGUUGGUGAAUUCGGCCGUCAGGAGGGUGGUGAAGAGGAGGAAGGAUAGAUAAGUCAAGCUCAGGAACCGGCACGCGAACGGCAUUCUGGAAGGAGGAGAUGACGUCGUUCCCCCUAUUACGACGUCCUUUGUGUCCACCCUUCCAAUCUAAUCCAAGAUCUUGUUUCAAGGAGAGAAAAGUAGGGUUGGUAAGAGUUUUUAUGCAUAUGUUGAUGGGUUAAGGGAGUUUGGGGAUGGUCCGAUUCGUCGACACAUAGUACACCCGGUGGCUGGAUUGUGAAUCAAUUUGGUUACCUAGCUAUGCCCCUGUGAAUGACGCGGAGCAGUGCGAAGCUUGUGUGACGAGAGUACGAUGGGUUUCAGAUGUCUUUUUGACGAGUCGAUGUUAACCAUAUUAUAUGGAACAGCAGUCCGUCGCCACUAGAGUGUAUACCAUCAGCUGAGCGUCUGGCUGAGAACCGCACCAGAAAUUCUGGAAACCCAAUAUUCAGGCUACCCAUACCGAUGUUGCACGAUAAGACACGGCUGGGUUAAUAAGGAUGAAUGGGCCACUCAAUCGAUUGCUGGGCUAUGACCUCAAACCUUACUUGCCAGUUCAUAUGCGUGCAUAUAGUGUAAUAUAACUUCAUUAGACUGUUCC